AUGAUGAGGCGGGUCGGUCGUAGCAUCUCUGGUCGCUGGUGGAAGCCAUCUAUGGACAUCAUUUAUGUUCCAUACUGGCUUCCGAUCCAUUCCAAAGACAAUCCCAAUUUGAAUCCAGGCGUGAAAGAUAUGAGUUUCCCUCUUGAUAAUCCGUUUUUCCAAAAGCGAAUGGGUGCGAUGCAGCAUCUUGCAGUUUCGACAAAGGCUACUGGGAUCCGGUGGAUUUGGGAAGAGUCUAUAAGACACCACGAGCCUUUCAGCUGGCUGAAGUUAGCGACGUGGAUAGCUGAGUUCCCAAAUCUAAAGACAUUCACAUAUGUUGUCGAUUAUUACACAUAUCGUUAUAAGGAACAGGGACCUCGAUGGAUUGACCAUCCGGAUUUUGCGAUAGAAGGAAACUGGCGAAGUCACUCGGCAAGAUGGGAUAUGACCCCAUCUAAAAUUAUUGCGGAACUCGAAGAGUGUUUCGAGCGCAUAAGGUCUGAAAGAGGGAAUACGAAAUGGAAGCCUCCGAGGGUGAGGAUUGUGUUGGAUGAGGAGGAUCAGGAAGAAUGCUACUCUCGUGAGGCUCGUCUUCGAAGAAAGAAUCCUGGGUCCUAUGAGCAUGGUGCAGCGACGGUGGAUAUGGCAGUUGGCGGCCAGUAA